AUGAUACCUGAUAUUGUACCCGAGCGGAGCUUCGUGCUCGCAGCUACCGGGCCUCAAUCCUUGCUAUCCUCUUCAAGUAUCAACGAUGGCCGACUUCCAUGGGUUACCGAAAUCUCUCUUUUGGCCGAAGCUGGGCACCUUCAGAUUCUGAUCAUACUCGUUUCCCUGCUCUGGACCUCAUACCGUUUACUCAACCGCCAAUACACCAAAAGGAUUCGUCAUCAGCACAGUGCCUCCGCCAUCCGAUGGAGAUGGGAAGCCUGCGCUCUCGCCAUCCGCGCAACCACCUUCGUUUUCUUGGUCCUCGCUGCGUCCGAAGGCCAGACCAAUGCUCUCAGUGCCGUUUGUGCUGCGUACGCAUUGAUCUUCGCCUUGUCGAGACUCAUCAACGACAUGGAAUGGCGCCACAUUGCCUUGCACCAAACGAAUUUUGUUCUCACGACCACCCUCAUCCUCGUCGCGGCAUCGGCCAUCUUGCCAUGUAUCGAGGCACGAGAGCCAGCGACGAUUGCCUUUCCUCUGAAAGGGGCUGUCAUCAGCCUGGCGCUUUCCGUCUUCGUCUCUCUCAUCACCCCACGCGAAUGGGUCCCCCCUUCUCUCAAGCAUGCACUGCCAAAGGGGGCGGUCGAGACGGAUCCCGCCCCUGAGGAGGUUUGCAGCUGGGCGGACUAUUUCCUGACCUACGACUGGUUGACACCGUUAAUCUGGACAGGUGCUUCCCGCCCUGUCACCAUUGACGACCUGCCCAAGCUAGCGUGGUACGACGACCCGCUGCUACUGUUGUCCAAAAUUAAGGCGGCCCGGGCCAAGAGCAAAAACACACUCUGGACCGUGCUUCGCCUCCUGAAAAAGGAGGCUCUCAUCAUGGCAAGCUGCAUCGCCACGGCCUACCUGCUAGAGCUCGUCGCGCCGUUCGCCCUCUAUCAGCUGCUUUCCUACCUUGCUGAUCCCAAAGGUUCUGUGAUACGCCCCUGGGUCUGGCUGCUCCUCAUGUUCUGUGGUCCUCUGUCUCGCUCGGUCUGUUUCCAGCAGUAUGUCUUCACGUCGACGAGGUUGAUCGUGCGCGUCAAGUCCUCCAUGACCCAAGAGCUCUAUCACAGAGCCAUUGCCUCAAAAGAUGUCGAAGACGACGUCUUUGCCAUUCCUUCCAAGGAUAAGAAGGCAAAGCCUGAGGCAAAGACGGCCCAGACGUCAAGCUCUACCGGCCGUCUUGCAAACCUCAUGGCUGCUGAUGUUGACGCCGUCUUCAUGUCCCGCGACAUAAUCAUGAUCAUGAUCGGUGUGCCAACAGGAACGUGUGCCUCCAUCAUUGGCCUCUACAAAAUGCUGGGCUGGCCAUCCCUCGUCGGAGCUGCAGUGCUCUUGCUCGCUUCGCCGUUGUCCAUUUUCAUCGCUCAGCUCAUGGCAAAGACGACACGUAUCGUUCGUCGGGCACAAGACUCGCGCAUCUCCCUCGUGUCAGAGUAUCUCUCCUCAAUCCGAGCUGUUAAGUACUUUGCUUGGGAGGAUGCCGCCAUCAACAGGAUCCUGGAGGCUCGUGAAAAUGAGCAGCAGCACAUGUGGCGAGUGUCCUUGCUCUAUAUGGACAACGGCAACAAGACGGUCGUGGGCGAGAACGGUGCAUCCUUGUCCGGUGGCCAGAAGGCAAGAGUCGCCUUGGCGAGGGCUCUCUACUCCAAGGCUCCCCUUCUGCUGCUUGACGAUAUCUUCUCUGCGCUAGACGCUAAGACGUCGGCCCUGCUUUGGGAGCGUUGUUUCUGCUCCGACAUGCUCGACGGAAGAACGACUGUCCUCGUGGCUCAACAGCCUUGGGUGGCAGCUCAGUCUGAUUUGGCCAUCACCCUGGAUAAGGGUGAGGUCGUCAGCACGGAGCAAAAUCUUGGCAUUGUCAGGCAGCCUGUGGUGGCUUCGCAAGAGGUUGCGGGGGGGAGCAAUCCGGGGGAGCCAGAACUUGAGGCCGAGAGUGAUGCUUUGAACGACAGGAACAAGACCGCAGAUGACCCAACUGGAAAGAAUCUGGUAGCCCAAGAGAUGAAGGCUAGCGGCAAGAGUGCCCGUCUCAUGUUCUUCAAGUACAUGACGUGCUUUGGCAGCCCAUUCUACGCGGUCGUGUGCCUUCUGGUUAUGCUUUUCAUGAACAUGGCUUGGCUCGGUAGUUCGCUGUGGUUGUCCAUCUGGGUCGAGGCUUAUUCCAAACAGGAGGCUGUCGACAUUACCUUUUAUCUUGGCAUCUAUGCCGCCUUCACUUUUGCCGAGACGAUAAGCUACGCCCUCAUGGUUCUUGUGUUUGAGAAUGGUGCGUGGCAUGCCGCAAAGAAGCUGCACCGCGACUUCAUCCGUGCCGUCAUGCGCGUGUCCUUAUCGUGGUAUAAAGACGUGCCGGUCGGCCGCAUCAUCAACCGCUUCUCGCGCGACAUGUACUCUGUCGACUCGACCAUCUGCUCGCAGCUUCGCAACUUCCUUGACUGCGGCAUGAGCAUUCUCUUUCGUCUUGGCGCCAUCAGCUCUAUUCUGCCUGUCUUCAUGCUACCUGCAGCCGCGACAUGCGCCAUCGGCGUUGUUGUCGGCGAGAUGUACACGCGCACGGCUGUGACCAUCAAACGCCUGGUUGCGUCGGCGCAAAGCCCCGUCUUCACGCAGUUUUCCGACACGCUGGCGGGUCUCGCUGUCAUUCGGGCACGCGACGGCAUGGGUGAUGUGUUCAGCGAGGCGUUGGCUGAGAGACUGCGGACAUGGUCGCGCGCCGCAGAAGCCAAUUACAACUGUAACCGGUGGGUCGCGAUGCGAGUGGACGUAAUCACGGCGCUCGUGGGCCUCACGGCGGGCAUCAUUGCUGUGUCAAAGGCGGGGAUCGUGGCGGCUGGCCUGGUAGGCUUUUCAUUGACCAACGCAACGGGUUUGAGUCAGACCAUCUUGCACCUUGUGCGCAGCAUGAACGACCUCGAGGUCGAGAUGCAGAGUUUUGCUAGGGUACGCGAGUAUGCUGGGCUUGAGCCAGAGGAAAAGUCGGACAAGUCGUACGCUGAAGAGGGCCAGUUCGCGGAUGACGAUGAGCAUGUCAUUCCCCGGCACUGGCCUGCGACGGGCAAGAUUGAGUUUCGCAACUUGGUCCUGUCGCUGCUGCGGUUCACGCACAUCGUAUCGGGUGAAAUUCUUUACGACGGCAUUGACAUCACGAAGACGCCGCGCCGUAGGCUGCGCGAAGCCCUCACUAUCAUCCCACAGGAGGCAGUGCUCUUCAACGGCACCGUAGAGUCGAACCUCGACCCGACCGGCAACGUGGAAGAGGACACCCUGGCCAAGGCGCUCCAAUCAUGUCGAGACAUUGCCUCCUUCCAGAACCAGGCCAAUGGCGCUCUCGGCGCAGACGGAAAUGCACCGACGGCCGGCAUUGCGCUCUCGACGCAGGUUACCGCCAAAGGGGAGAACUUCUCGCACGGCCAGCGGCAGGUGCUCUCGCUAUGCAGGGCGCUAGUCCGCAAGAGCAGGCUGAUGCUUCUGGACGAGGCGACGGCGAGCAUGGACUACGAGACGGACAGGGGAAUCCAAGAGGCGCUGCGCAGGGAGCUCGAUGAAGCGGGCGGAGAUAGGACACUCGUGACGAUAGCGCACCGGCUCAGAACGAUCAUUGAUUAUGACACGGUCGUCGUCAUGGCUGGAGGAAGGGUUGUCGAGGUGGGCAGGCCGAAGGAACUGUAUGCGAGGGCAGGGGUGUUCUAUGACAUGGUCUACCACAGUGGCGAAGGGGAGGAGCUGAAGGAGAUGUUGGGAGGGGACGGUGAGUCGUCAGAGGUGUCUUCCUGA